AUCAUCAGUGUGUGUCUGUCAACCAAAGAAGCAGGAUCUUUCUCUCGCGCUCUCUCACCUUGAGGGCGUCGGCUAUGUGAUAUUGGGAUCCUGUAAAAUGUUCCUAUUUUGUGAUUUUACAGAGAGCGAAAAAAGUGAUGUUCAAAAAUGUUUUAAGUACAAGAGUAGGUUAACCUAUCGUCGCGUGACAUUUAUUUACGCAUUGCAUUGAAAACAAAAGGCGGUGACAAUGGAAGCAAGAGAUUUUAACGCCAUGAGGAUAUCACUAUUAAGAAAUGUGGUGAGCCUUAGGGUGCUUGACUCUUCAGGGAGUUGUACUGACCAACGCACUCCAGGACACAGUGGGAAGGGAAAGUUAGAGGUUCCGACUUCUACCACUGUAUUUUGGCCUGUAUUGAAGGAGAACAUCGGACCCGUCAUCAUGCAGCAUUACAAGGACACGUUUAUUGAUCUCAUGGGUGGCUCCAUGGGGGGUGUCGCAAGUGUAUAUGUUGGUCAGCCUCUGGAUACGGUCAAAGUCAAAAUGCAGACUUUUCCUGAUCUUUACCGUGGCAUGGUAGGAUGUUUCUCCCAGACUCUGAAACGGGAUGGUGUCAGGGGGCUCUAUGCAGGCACAGUUCCUGCCCUCGCUGCAAAUAUUGCUGAAAAUUCUGUUCUUUUUGCGGCUUAUGGUGUUUGUCAGAAGGCUGUGGCAUAUUCUACUGGUGUGCAGAAAGUGGAGGACCUUUCGACUUUUUCAAAUGCAUCUGCUGGAUUCUUUGCGGCAUUUUUUUCCUCCCUGACUCUCUGUCCAACAGAGUUGGUCAAGUGUCGCCUGCAAGCUAUGAGGGAAAUGGCAGCAAUGCAGAAUAAGGAACCUGAAAGGAUAGGACCCUGGAAGCUCACGAGACAGAUUUUAAAGAGUGACGGUAUUCCAGGGCUCUUCCGAGGCCUAACCUCAACCUUCGCAAGAGAAAUGCCUGGUUAUUUCUUCUUCUUUGGAGGGUAUGAGGCCAGUCGAGCACUCAUGACUCCUCCUGGGAAAACCAAAGAUGAAAUUGGUCCUCUAAAGACAAUGAUCUGCGGUGGCAUUGCGGGAGUUAUUCUGUGGACAGCCAUCUUCCCAACUGAUGUUGUAAAAUCAAGGAUACAAGUUGCAGGUUCGACUGAGCCAAUGAUAACUGUUACGAGGCAAAUCUUAAGAACUGAAGGUGUGGCUGCUCUUUAUAAUGGGUUAGGGCCCACUGUGGUGAGAACGUUUCCUGCAACUGGAGCACUUUUCCUUGCAUAUGAAGGAACCAAGAAGGUCCUACACAAUCUAAUGGACUAAUAGGAUUUAGUCAAAUGGUUGCUGUAGGUAAUGUUGAAGUAUUCAGAUUUUUCAAUGGUUGUCUGACUUGGUUCAAAUCCACUAUUAUAAUUUUUAAAUAUUUUGUUUAUGAGAGUCUUGUAUUUUAUAAAGUUUAAGCUCAGGAUGUUUAUCAUGUAAAUGUGUUUUUAAAUUCAUCAUUGAAUGUACCCUUGACUUUUUAUAACAAAGUGAAUUAUAUUUCAUGGACAUGUAUAGUCUUAUACAAGAAUUUAUAUUCUUCUGUCUCAUAGAAUAAGAGCAGAACUUAUAGUUUUAAUCUUAAGAAUUCUGUGUGAAGAUAGAGAAUGCUCAUUAGAGAGAGAAUUAUUUUUUAAAAAUGGGUAAAGAUUAUCACCAUCCACUGUGAUGAUGUUCCUUUAUGUGGUUACAGAAUUUUGUAUAAUUUCUGAUAAUCAGAUUAUUAAUGACUGUAUAAGAGACUACAUAUACUUCCAGAUAUAUAAAGUCAUAAACAAGUUAUACCGUUUGUGACACUGAUCAGUAACUUUCCAAAUCAUCUGCCAUUUGUUUUAUGACUAAAUACUGAUGCUCUGUAAUAUAGCUUACAUAGUGAUACAGGGAAACUUGCUCAAAAAUAAGAAUAUUUCAGUGCCAAUAAUUCAUCAGGUAGUAAUCAUGUGAUGGAUCAUGAACUAAGAUUUAUUAUUAGGGGAUAUGAGGUAUUUUUUUCUCCUAUUUUAGCUCUGAAACCCAAGUAGAAGAGGAUUGGUGUUAAAUCACUUUGUAUCUUAUCUUUUUCAAAGUAAUGUAGUACCAGUAGGUUCUCAUAUCUCAUGACUAUGCUGAAUUCCUUGCAGUUGUCAUCAUAUAUGAAUUUUUAUGAUACUGUUAGAUAAUGUUUAUUUGCCAUUGACUUGCACAAAUUAUCUAAUGUAUGGCCAGUAUUUUUUCUGUUAAACUGAAUGAGUUUUUAAAUUUAAAUUAUAUAUAUACAGAUAACAUUUUUGUAUAAGGAUUGUAAAUUUUUAGACUGUUUUGAUAUCUAGUCAGAUUUUGAUAAAUAAAGCAAACUGAAGUGA